CCGCUCAUGUUUCCCAUUUGGAGAAUGUCUCAGAAGAAGAAAUGAACAGGUUGUUGGGAAUUGUGUUGGAUGUUGAGUAUCUCUUCACCUGUGUUCACAAAGAAGAAGAUGCAGAUACGAAGCAGGUUUAUUUCUACUUAUUCAAGCUUUUGAGGAAGUGUAUAUUACAUAUGGGGAAACCUGUUGUGGAAGGAUCUCUGGAAAGUCCUCCAUUUGAGAAACCUAGUAUUGAACAGGGAGUUAAUAAUUUUGUGCAAUACAAAUUUAGUCAUCUACCAUCGAAAGAGAGACAAACCAUAGUAGAAUUGGCUAAAAUGUUUCUCAAUCGCAUCAAUUACUGGCACUUGGAAACACCUUCCCAGUGGCGACUGAGAUCACCUAAUGAUGACAUUGCUGGCUAUAAAAUAAACUACACAAGGUGGCUGUGUUACUGCAAUGUCCCCCAGUUUUGUGACAGUCUACCUCAAUAUGAAACCACACAAAUUUUUGGGAGAACAUUACUGCGCUCUGUUUUUACCGUUAUGAGGCGGCAACUUCUUGAACAUGCAAGACAGGAAAAGGACAAACUUCCUCUUGAGAAACGAACACUAAUCCUAACACAUUUUCCCAAGUUCCUGUCUAUGUUGGAGGAAGAGGUAUACAGUCAAAAUUCUCCUAUCUGGGAUCCAGAUUUCAUAACUUCCACUUCUCGAAGCAACCAACUGGGCAUCCAAACAGUUAUUAACCGACCGCCUAUGGUGAGAUCUGUUUCAUAUAGUUCUAGUCCCUCAACUUUGGAACAACCCAGUGGAGGAACUAUGAGUCCUGCUUCCAAAUCUGCUUCUGGCCAGGAACAAAACCUAGGAGAAAAAAGAAAAAACAAUGAAGGUUAUUCUGCAGAGAAUGCUAAGAAGCCACGGGUUAUAGGAGAUAUUCCUGUUGAACUGAUCAAUGAAGUGAUGUCAACUAUUACAGAUCCAACAGCAAUGCUUGGUCCAGAGCAGACUAAUUUUCUGUCUGCACACUCAGCUCGGGAUGAAGCUGCAAGAUUGGAGGAGCGUAGGGGAGUGAUUGAAUUUCAUGUGGUCGGAAAUUCCUUAAAUCAAAAACCAAAUAAAAAAAUUAUGAUGUGGCUAGUUGGUUUACAAAAUGUAUUUUCACAUCAGCUACCCAGAAUGCCAAAAGAGUAUAUUACUCGUCUAGUCUUUGAUCCGAAACACAAGACCCUUGCAUUAAUAAAGGACGGCCGUGUGAUUGGUGGUAUCUGUUUCCGGAUGUUCCCAUCUCAAGGAUUUACAGAAAUAGUUUUCUGUGCUGUGACGUCUAAUGAACAAGUCAAGGGUUAUGGAACACACUUAAUGAAUCAUCUGAAAGAAUAUCACAUUAAGCAUAAUAUUCUCAAUUUCCUUACGUAUGCUGAUGAAUAUGCAAUUGGCUACUUCAAGAAACAAGGCUUUUCAAAAGAUAUUAAAGUACCAAAAGCAAAAUAUGUAGGCUAUAUCAAGGACUAUGAAGGAGCAACUUUAAUGGGAUGUGAAUUGAAUCCAAAGAUCCCAUACACUGAAUUUUCAGUCAUCAUUAAGAAACAAAAAGAGAUCAUUAAAAAAUUAAUUGAAAGGAAGCAAGCACAGAUUCAGAAAGUUUAUCCUGGCCUUUCUUGUUUCAAAGAUGGAGUUCGACAGAUUCCAAUAGAAAGUAUUCCUGGAAUUAGAGAGACUGGCUGGAAACCAAGUAAUAAAGAUAAGAGUAAAGAACCCAAAGAUCUGGAUCAACUUUACAGCACGCUAAAAAACAUUCUACAACAGGUCAAGAGCCACCAAAGUGCUUGGCCUUUCAUGGAACCAGUGAAGAGAACAGAGGCUCCUGGAUAUUAUGAAGUUAUAAGGUUUCCUAUGGAUCUGAAAACUAUGAGUGAACGACUGAAGAAUAGAUACUAUGUAUCUAAGAAAUUGUUCAUGGCAGAUAUGCAACGAGUGUUUACUAACUGCAGAGAGUACAACCCACCUGAAAGUGAAUAUUAUAAAUGUGCCAAUAUACUGGAGAAAUUCUUCUACACAAAAAUUAAAGAAGCUGGAUUAAUUGACAAAUAAUUUUCUUCUCAUGCAAUUAAGAUGCCUAAUGUAACAGCAAAAUAUGCAGUUCUUUCACUAGAUUUGAAACUUGUUUAUAAAAUAAAACUUUCUUAACUAGCACUUUUAAACAUGUAAUAUAGAAGAGUUUAUUUUAUUAAAGUAUUUUUAAAUGUACACUUGCAUGCCCUUUUGCGGUGUAUUCAAUUUUUAUUAGAUGUAUUGCACAAACUGUUUGGAGAUUUGGAAAGGGUAAAUUUCCAAGCAGUGAAUGUUUAAGUUUAAUGUAUCAGAUUGAAAAAUGGAUUAUUUUUACAGCAAAGAUGUUAAUGAAGGGGGAAAUAAAUUAUAUAUUAUGAAUUAUAUAUAAUAUAUAAUACUAAUACAUAUACAAUUUUAUUUUUACACACACUUACAUACACACACACACACAGAUACAGACACAUGAAAAUAAAACAUUCACUAAGAGGAGGUGCUUAAGCUACAAGAAAGGAAUUCCCUUAUUAGAUGGAAGUUUAAUUUCUUCUGUGAAUUUGGUUGUUAGAAUGAAGGAAACUACACAUGUCCCAGGAUGUUGCAGGAUUCAAUCUGAGAGUCACUGGGACCAGAGAUUUAGUCUUCCAAACUUUUAGGACCCAUUCUCAGGGCUCAGAAUGGGUUUCUGAGAAUGGGCUCUAGCAUAAGUCUGAAAGCUUGGAAGACUACGUUUCUGAUCCCAAUGACUGGCUCAGAUUGGACCUUAGCUCCUAAUAUUUGCAUUUCAAGGAAAAUGUAGCAUCAUUUUCACUUAGGUCAAGUUCUGAAAAGAACAUCAGACUUUGUAUUAAGCUCCCAACUGUUGCUUAGUCUUUUAGUAGAUUUAGAAAAGUACUAUUUCUACUAUUGAACCCAAUCUAGCAAUAGCUUUGUCUUUAUAGAUUUGUAUGGAUCUUUAUGCAUGAAAGCCAUUUUGCAAAAAUACAGUAGGUGCUGUAAUGAGUGGGUGGAAUGGACAAUAAUUUGAAUUCUCAAAUAGACCUUACCCCCGAGUAGGGUAUAUUUUGAUAAAUGCAUAUACAACUAAAGCAGUGGUCACCAACUGGUACACCUGGGUGAUGGAGCUGCUUCAGGAUGACCAAUGGGCCAGUCCUGUGACUACUACAACUCUGAAAUUGGGGACUGACUUUCCCACCAAUGUCAGCAAGCCACCGUCAGUCUGUCCAUGUUUGUUUUCCUUCAGAUUGACCAAAUGUCUUGAGAGAAGGGACACAAGAGGUUUCCAGGCUGUGUGCCUGGGACAAGGUGCUUUAUCUUGGGCCUCCCACCUGGAGGUCUUGCAGAAGCAGACAUGUAGGCCCAAAGGCGGUUGAGCCUCCCCUCCCCCCAGGGGUCAGCGGGACUUAAAAUUAUGGAUUUGGUGGACCCUGAGGUAUGAUUCCUCCAAAAGGUUGGAGACCCCUGAACUAAAGCAUACAUCAUUGAAGAAUGUAUACUAAACUGCGCAAUGGAAUCAGUAAUACCUGAUUGAUAAGAAACCAUAUCUAAUUUUAGUGUAGAUGAGAAUAUCUCCCACUUAGUAAUAGAGGCUGAUAUGCAGUUUUUCUAUAGAUAUUUGCAUUAUAAAGUGAUGGGAAACAUACUAAAAUCUGAAGACACAACUAACAAGAUUGAUAGAUUUUAGUGGUUAGCUCAAAAUUUGACUGCAUCCAGCCCAAUGCCACAUAGAGUAUAAUUUUGUGUCUUGCCAUAGAUAAAAUAAUUUAUAAAAGCAGCUUUGAGUAGAGCUUUAUCCCACUGUUAAUUUCUACUUGGAUUAAUACCAGUUUUUAAAAAUUAGGAACUUGAAUUUUGUUAUUAAUUCCAUAUAUAUUUGAGCUAUUUCUUACAUUAUACAUAAGAAAUAAACUUCAUUUCAUAUCAUUAGUUAUUAGGGAAGCCAUACUCAUUAACCACUCAAUUCUACAAUGUAUCUCAACACUGGAGGGGAAAGUAAAAUACCCCUAGUAUGUUUAUGUAUGUAUAUGUGUGUGUACAUGCACAUGUACAUACAAACACACACUGUUCAUGCUGAAAUAUUUCACUAGUAAACUUAUAGAAGGUAACAAAUGACAUUACAAAGGAGGUUUUUUGGCACAAUGCCUAUAGUAAUGUUUUAUUCAGAUUAGAUGAACAUUGCUAGAAGGAAAUGGUACAUAAUAGAUAAAAUAGAAAUAUAGAAAUGCCUUAGCGCUUUAUAUAAACCAGAAUGAGCUUUGUAUUUAAGGUACAAUGAUGCAACUUUGUUUUAGAAUAUUUAAAUAGUAAUUUUCAUGUAUUUUGUAAACUGGGCCAACAGAGUCACCUCUAAAGCUUGAUAUCCUGUGAAAGUGUUAUUUUCAAAGAUUCUUAUUGUCUUGAAAUUAGAGUCUCUUCUAUAUUGAGAACAUUUUGGUUCCUAAUUUAAAGAUUAUUUUCAUAGAUAUUGUGCAAUAAAGUUAUACACAGUAUGUGUUUAAAUACUUUAACUGAAAUUUUACAUUUGUAAAAUUAUUUAUUGUACUGGUAUAAAAUGGUUUUAAAUUAUAUGUAUAACAUUGAUCUUGUGUGCUAUUUUGUAAUUUGCAUAUAAAAAUACCAGACAUACUCA